UUGAUUAUGGCAAGCACAUCAAGAUACGAUGCAAAUAAAGUUUGCUGUAGUUCCCAUCCAGAUGCCCCAUUAAUUGAAGAUUACAGGGCGGGAGACCAAAUUUGUUCAGAAUGUGGCCUAGUUGUUGGUGACAGGGUAAUAGAUGUAGGUUCGGAAUGGAGAACAUUCAGUAAUGAUAAAAAUGGAACAGAUCCUUCUCGUGUUGGUGGCCCCGAGAAUCCGCUUUUGGGAGGAUCCGACUUGACCACCAUUAUAGGACCGGGCAGAGGCGAUGCAAGUUUUGAUACUUUUGGUGUAUCUAGAUAUCAAAAUCGUAGGACAAUGAAUAGUUCUGAUAGAGCCUUAAUUAAUGCUUUCAAAGAAAUAAACGCUAUGGCAGAUCGUAUCAAUUUACCUAGAACUAUCGUGGACAGAGCCAAUAAUCUCUUUAAACAAGUUCAUGAUGGUAGAAACCUUAAAGGUCGUUCAAAUGAUGCAAUAGCAUCUGCUUGCCUAUAUAUUGCCUGUCGUCAGGAGGGAGUGCCUCGAACAUUCAAAGAGAUCUGUGCAGUAAGUAAGAUAAGUAAAAGAGAAAUAGGGAGGUGCUUUAAACUCAUCCUGAAGGCAUUAGAAACAUCAGUAGAUCUUAUAACCACAGGAGAUUUUAUGUCGAGGUUCUGUUCUAAUUUAUGUUUACCAAAUAUGGUGCAAAGAGCUGCUACACAUAUUGCUAGAAGGGCAGUGGAGAUGGAUAUUGUACCUGGAAGAUCACCAAUUUCUGUAGCUGCUGCAGCAAUUUAUAUGGCUUCGCAGGCUUCUGAGGAUAAGAGAAGUCAAAAAGAAAUAGGUGAUAUAGCUGGUGUGGCUGAUGUAACAAUUAGACAAUCAUACAAACUAAUGUAUCCGCAUGCAGCCAAUCUCUUCCCACAAGAUUUCAAGUUUGCUACUCCUAUUGAGCAAUUACCACAGAUGUAAGCAUUCAGGAAAUGCCACAUAUCCAAGUUGAAGGUUCCAAAAAGCACCAAACAAGUCAAAGAGGCAGCAGCAUUCAUAUUUUUUAUCCUAAAAUUUAUUUUGCAUAUCAUCCAUGAUAAAACCUUAUAUUUUACUGUCUAAUUUCAAAAUUCUUAACCACCCCUUCUGCUAGCUGUUUGCAUUCAUAAUGAAAUAACUGUUUUAUAUAUUAUUAAGAGUAAUCCUGUAAUUAAUGACUUGAUUGUAGUUUUUAUUUGAUGUUAUUUUUGUAUUAAGGGCAAGUAGAGCUUUAGGUUUUUAUUUUUAACAAAUAUUUAUGGUAUAAAGACAAGAAAUAGGUUUAUCACAUUUUUUU